AUGAGCAUCCCAGGCCUCCCUGUGGAGGGAUCACCGCAAUCUUACUGGCAGCAUGAAGCCCAGAAGCAACAACUACCUGCACCAAGCGAACCUCUCCCAAGCUCAUGUGAUGUGGCUAUCGUGGGCGGUGGUUAUUCAGGCAUCGCUACGGCAUACCACAUACUGAAGACAACCUCUCCACCACCCAGUGUGUUCCUCCUCGAGGCAAAGGAUCCGUGUUCUGGCGCUACAGGACGGAAUGGGGGACAUCUGCGCCCUGACUACCUGAUGGGGGCUGCGAGCAACUCCAAGAGGUACAGCGCCUCUGCGGCGGCUGAGAUCGUGCAAUUUGAAGCCCGUCAUCUUGACGUGAUAAGGGCCCUUAUCAAGGAAGAAGCUAUCGACUGCGACUUUGAGGAGACGGAGAGUCUCGCUGUUCUCACAACCCCGGGACAAGUCUCCAUGGUCCGUGAGGCAUACGAGGGCUUGAGGCAAGUAUCGCCUUUCAGUAAUUCCCUGCUGGAUGUGGUGGAGUUCUACGAGGGUGGCGAUGCACCUCAGCGUACAGGAUUGCGAGAAGCAAAAGGCUAUUUCUCCACGCCUGCAGCUCGGGUGUCGCCCUACAAGCUUCUGACGGCUCUUUUGGCGCGCUGUGUCUGUAUAGGACUCUCAGUAAAGACUCAGACUACUGUAGUGUCAGUUGAGAACUCUGGAUCAGGUGGUCAUAUACUCAAAAUGCGCUCGGGGGAAACUAUGGUAGCUCAAAAAGUCGUCAUUGCCACGAACGCCUAUACUCCAGCACUUCUCCCCGAGUACAAAAAUUCUAUCGUGCCCUGCAAAGGACUUGCAUGUCACAUUACAGACCCCAAGGGCAAGCCAAUACCAAAACUCCGCGCCGCAAGUUAUGCCAUAAUGGAACAGGACGCCAUCUCCAACAAGACCGGCUACAACUAUAUGGUGCAGCUAGAUGACAACAGCAUAGUGGUUGGUGGCGCCCACCACAAGUAUGAUGAGAAUGACCCAGGGAGCUGGUACAACAACGUUGACGACACGCAACUCAUUGAGCCAGCGCGGCGGUACUUUGAAGAAGACUACAUGCAGCGGACGUUUCUCGGGUGGGAGGAGUCGGGCGCGCGUGUCGAUCGUGUCUGGACGGGGAUUAUGUGGUAUAGUACUGAUUCUCUUCCUCAUGUAGGAGAGGUUCCAGGUAGACAUGGUGUAUUCGUGAUUGCUGGGUUCCACGGGCAUGGUAUGCCUGUUAUCUUCUUGGCCGCGGAGGGCAUUGCAGCCAUGACUCAGGGGCUGGUAUACGAGAAGACUGGGAUGCCGUCUUUGUUCAAGACCUCCAGGGAUAGGCUGGAUUCAGAAAGAAACGACAUCCUGGCUGGAAGGGGCAUUAGGUCGACGAAGGAGUAG